AUGUUUGCGGCCCGCACCGUCUCCCUCAAGUUUGCGAAGAGGAUUCCGCUCGAACCUAUUGCAUUGUGCUUUCACAAGCUAUGGUCGUGGAUAAAGUACGAGUUGGGAACGGCUGUUGGCAAUUUUGUCUACCCGGUAAUCUUGGCAGGCAAAUUGACUGAGGCACAGGAACGCAAGAUCCGUCAAAUCGAGCCUGCGGGAGAACUAUUCGAUCGGAACUUCAGGACGGAGGCUUCUGCACCUCAAGGUCGUCGACCCAUCGACGCCGGGUCGACUUGGAAGUAUCAGCAUGAUAAGUGCCCAGCUUGUCUACUUACUCGAGUCGGCUCAGACUCCGAGGUCCUGUGCGCUCUGUACGCCGGCAUGAUUGCCCGCUUUCCGAUAUGGAAGCUCGCUACACAUAGGCUGAUACUUGCAGAUCUCGGUGUGCACCAGCUGGAGAGCCCCAAGUCGAAGCGCGUGCGCCUCAUUCGGUAUUGGAUUAGGGCAACCACCACGGGCGACGCAGCGCUCUUUGAGGCUGUGGAAUUGGGAAUUCUAAUCAAGAAGAAGCACAAAGAGCUCCAGGAUGAGAACCAUCGCUCUUCACACCAGCCAUCCGUCCGCCCGCGAUCAGUACACCACUCUUCUCGUCCGCGUACCCCCGACGCCAAGAUCGGACCUCACCCACGCUCACCGACUAUCACUCCGCAUACUCCUCUCGAGAAAGUUGGUUUCCGCCACUCCGGCCAUCAAGCGCGCGGCUCCUCUGAGUCUUCACGCCCGCUGUUGGGUCGCCAACGCUCAAACGACACCCUCGCUCCUCACGACAGUAUAACGACCAUACUAACCGGCGAGCGCACAUACAACCCUCGCCCGCAAACUCCAACCAGUGGUCCUACCAUCGUCAAUCUCCCCGGCUUUCCCAGCCGCGCCUUCACAUCACCCAGCGCGGCUCUACCUCCACUUGCACCGAUGAAAGCACGCGUGAGUUCCUCGCGCAAUUCAGAAGCAAGUGAUUUCUCGACGAUCUUGUCGUAUGAUAACGGUCCGACGCCACAGCGAGGCUCGGAUAGGCAGAUGGCUUACAACUUCCCUAAGCCGCAUAGGCACUCGGUGUAUGGUGGGUUUGGGUAUGCGGAGAAGGAUCCGUUUGAGGAUGCUGAUAGAGACGAGGUGGAGGGAGAGGAGGGUGGCAAGGCGUCGAAGCGGAGUACGAAGUGGAGUGAUUUGUACUAA